UUGAAUUUUGUAGCUGUCAAAUCCAAACAAAACGACUUCUCAAAUUCAGUUGAAUUAAUAACAAAUGUAAUAAAUUCAUUUAAUGAUAUUAAAUAUAUUCAUUAUCCAAAACAUUGAAAAUGCCGUGCGAAAUGAUCACAUUACAAUUAGGCCAAUGUGGCAAUCAAAUUGGUUUUGAAUUUUGGAAGCGCCUGUGUACGGAGCAUGGUAUUAAUCCUGAAGGAAUACUUGAGGACUUUGCUACAGAAGGCAUUGAUAGAAAAGAUGUGUUCUUUUAUCAAGCUGACGAUGAACAUUACAUACCAAGAGCUGUUUUGCUCGAUUUAGAACCAAGAGUAAUCAAUACUAUAUUAAAUUCUCCAUAUUCCAAAUUAUACAACCAAGAAAAUGUAUUUUUAUCUAAAAAUGGAGGUGGUGCCGGAAAUAACUGGGCAUCUGGGUAUUCUCAGGGUGAGAAACUUAAUGAAGAAAUUUUUGAUAUAAUUGAUAGAGAGGCAGACGGAAGUGAUAGCUUAGAAGGUUUCGUUUUGUGCCACUCUAUAGCUGGCGGAACAGGCUCUGGAAUGGGCUCUAACAUUUUAGAAAAACUAUCUGACAGGUUUCCAAAGAAACUAGUUCAGACCUACAGUGUUUUUCCCAAUUUGGAUGAAAUCAGUGAUGUAGUAGUUCAGCCUUAUAAUUCUCUUCUGACAUUAAAACGGCUCACAGAAUCAGCAGAUUCAGUUGUAGUUUUGGAUAAUACAGCUUUAAAUAGGAUUGCAGCAGACAGAUUGAAAAUUCAAAAUCCAACUUUUACGCAGAUAAAUAGUUUGGUUAGUACUAUAAUGUCAGUUUCCACAACCACUUUAAGAUAUCCAUCAUAUAUGAAUAAUGAUCUGAUGGGUCUGUUAGCACCUCUAAUUCCGACGCCUCGUUUACAUUUCCUUAUGACAGGCUACACCCCACUUUCAACAGACACUGAUGAGGCCAGUGUUCGAAAAACGACAGUUUUGGAUGUGAUGAGGCGGUUGCUUCAACCGAAGAAUAUGAUGGUGUCUACUGCACAAGAUAGAAGCUCUCAACAUUGUUACAUUUCAAUUUUAAACAUCAUUCAAGGUGAGGUUGAUCCCACACAAGUUCACAAGUCUUUGCAAAGAAUUCGAGAAAGAAAACUAGCUCAAUUUAUUCCUUGGGGUCCUGCUAGCAUACAAGUGGCUUUAUCAAGGAAAUCGCCUUAUGUCUCUACAGCACACAGAGUGUCAGGUCUUAUGUUGGCUAAUCACACCAACAUUAGUUCAUUGUUUGAUCGUGCAUUGAUUCAGUAUGAUAAACUGAGAAAACGCGAGGCAUUUUUGGAUCAAUUUCGAAAAGAGGAAAUGUUUAAGGAUAAUCUUGACGAAUUAGAUUCUAGCAGGGAAGUUGUUCAAGAUCUAGUUGAUGAAUAUAUUGCAGCUACUAAAGAAGAUUAUUGUAAUUAGAAGGUGAAGGAAUUCUAUUUAUUUUAGAGUUAAGUUUAUUUUGCCAUAUCAGUAGGUAACAUCUAUGUACAAAAAUUCACAUAAUCUUGAAGAAAAUAUAGAAAUUUUAUUUUCUGCUAUAAUUUUUCCGAUUUAAAGCAUUCAGUUGAGGUUCAGUUGCAGUUGGAUGUUCGCGGCAGUUGAGGUUCAACAUUCUUGUAUUUAUAAACUGUCAGUUUCGGUUGUAGGUUAGGUUUGGACUUGUGAAGAUUUGGAACGUUUUUCUUUCGAUUUAAAAAUACUUUUGUUAUUUUUUGUGAUGGGAUAACUCGAGCGAAAUAUCGCUCGAGUACUCGAUUAUUGAAAUAACCGACAUCGCUCGAUUAUGAACGAGCGAUGC